AUGGAAGCUCAACUGGCAAUCAUUCGUUCUCCGUUAGAAGAGUCUAUAAUUUCAAAAUAUCAAGUAGAACAUGGAAUCCAGGAUUUGUGGAUUGGUUAUCACGAUCAAUUUGAAAAAGAUGACUGGGUAACAGUUAAGGGUCAAGAGGCUAAUGCGAUUGGAUACCUGCACUGGGCUAAAGGUGAACCUAACAACGCAGGUGGCAAUGAACGGUGCGUUGCUUACAGUUUUAGAUUAGGCAUGAACGAUCUGAACUGUGACCGACAAAAAGAAUUUAUUUGUAAAAUGGAUCUAUAUGGCAACCCUUUUUCAAUCAAGUUAAUAUAGCAAGCGCUUAAUUAAAAAUAGACCUAAACCAAAACAUUUAUCAUGAGUCUUAUCUCAGUAUCAGAUACGUUUCUACAACGACUAUACAACAAUCAUCCACAGACGUCAUGCCUACGAAAAAAUCAAAGAAAAAUAAAUUAUGCGAUCUUACUGCUCCAGACAGUCGCCUUUCACCGUUGACUUUUCCACAUUUCAAUCAUCCCGCACUUUUUGCCUGACUUUCACCCCCGAUCCUCCCCGUUUUUCCCCUCCGCGCAGUUAACUCGUGUGUCCCCCGUCCCGGUGACGUCUGAAAAGGGGAUUAUAAUUUCAGGCUUCUCCUCAAACCUCCUGAGAACCAAAACGUUAUUUCUCUGCCCGCACACGUCCACAAUAGCGACUUUUCUGUUUUUCCUCGCGGCUGUAUACGAAAACACACGCGUUACGUACUGCAGCGACUUUUCUCCCGCGCCGAUUAUAUGGAAGCGUGACAUCCGCUGCGAGAGAGUAGCGCGAGAUUGAAAGAGAUUGAAAGAGAGCAGGGGCUCAGACUUAAUCCGACCAGGGAUAUUCCGCUCUUUCUCGCUGCGGCAACGUCGCGGAUGGCUUUUCGACCUGUUUUCGCGAGCAGUGUGUGCGUCGCGUAGUAUAGAGGCGAAGGUAUAUAACACGCGACGCGAGCCGUAGCCACGGUUUUAUUGGACCCUCGGGUCUUCGCAUCGAGAGGGUAUAGGAGCUUGGCUAAGGAGAUGUUGCCGCUGAAUUGGGUUAUUUAUGGAAAGCUCUUAUUCUCGCGAUGUGUCGAUUUGUCAAGCGGAAAAAAAGUAGAUUUCUUACUUAGUCCGUCGUGGUAUCGAUCUUUUCUUGCGCGCGUGUACUCUGCUUUGUUCCAAGGAGAAGAUGCUUCUCUCCUGUUUUCUUUGGUUGUUUGCUUUUUUCCGCGGAUAAUUAAUGCACCUGCUUUCUUAAGCCCAGCCGCAUCUGGAAGUAAGAGAUAAAAAUAUUAUUCAUUAUUUUUCAACGCUAAAUAUUUUCCAAGUUUUUUCCAAGGUCAACAACCUCUAUAUUCAAAUUUAUCGUAUCCAAUAUCAGCCGACAUUUUGGGAAAGCUUUGACAUAGUGUACGAAUAUUUCAUGGAAUCAUCGAAAGGCUGACGUGUACAGUGGUGAUCGACCCCGUGCCAAACAUUGCUGAAAUGCUUGCACGAAUUUGGGUCAUCUCUAAAAAUCAACAGCUUCGAAACAGAGAACGAAGCUUGUCCGUGUUUACCGCAGCGUGCCAAUCGGAUUAUGGAAGCGCGACGUGCGACUGAAAAUUCGAAUUAUUAGCGGAACUUCGAAGCGAGCGUUUCGUGAAAUAACGGAUAAUCAUUGUGUUUUUCAGGAAAUAAUGUACGGAUUGUUACGGGGGAAUCGUAGUUUAAUAAAAUGUCAA